AUGCUUCUUUUCUCCUUCUUUCUCUACGCCGUUAACCAGCCGGAACCCUUUCUUAUUCUCGGACUUAGAACCCGCGACGGUCCUGUGGACUGUGGCGCUGGUACCGGCCUCGGGGUUCGCCUUCCCUUCACACGCAAUCUUUCCAUCUCUCCGGUUUUGAGGUUGUCGCCGUUCUUGAAAACCGCCCUCGUCAGAGGGCGGCAGGAGAGACGCUGUACACUUUCAAGAUCGGCAUCGUGGGUGGUUCCUCAGGCUCCACUACUGUUUCUCUCGCCUGUCUCAUUUCUGUUCUCAAGUCAAACGUCGAAAAUGCGAAACAACUUUUCCAAGCUUCGCGCGUCACCUGGUACAUUUCUGCUCGAUGCGAAUGCAUGCUUGCGCGACCCUCCCCACUGUACCGCCAGGCUUUCACAUGAUACGGCUCCUUUGCGUUUUUCUUUCCACACGUGGGGCAGCCAGACGGCCGCAACCUCCGAGCCGAUUGAGGAGCUCUUCUCUUUGUCGAGGAACGCUCCGAAAGGUCUGGUGUCCGUCUUUCCUCCUCCACCUUCAGCACGUCCCGACGGAGGCUGCUUCCGGCAUCAAGAAAAAAUGGGGGGAGUUGCGGGCUGUCGACUCGGCGCUUCGCCUGCCGCCCGAUACCGGGUGCCUACCGAGACGCUCGAGAUGGACAGAGGCCUAGAGAAACAGCGGCCGCUGGUGACUGAGCGCAUGAACGAGCGGAUGGAGAAGCAAGGCUACAAAAUUGUUGGAACCCACUCUGCUGUCAAGCUUUGUCGCUGGCAGGUUGACCCUCCGGAGUGGGUUCUGCAGCAUGCGCUGGACGCUCAUUGGUCUCUGAUCAAGCCUCUGCGCGGCGUUCACGGCGUCACGCCUGAAGCGUUUGCAGAGGCCAAGGAGCCGCGGCACUGUGCACUGUCUCUCAUUGGCGAGGCGCUCAUGUAUCCGCGCAUUAACGAGUUCGUCGACUUGCUGCACGCAAAGCGGAUCAGUUCCUUCCUCGUUAUGAACGGCCAACACCCGGACCUCCUUGCCGAUCUCACGACGGUGACGCAACUCUACGUCAGCGUGGACGCGCCGAACAAGAAGGAUUUGAAGGCAAUUGACCGACCGCUUUUUAAGGACUACUGGGAACGUCUGUUGGCGUCUUUGGAGAUUCUUCGCGAAAAACGAGAACGAACAGUUCUCCGUAUGACGCUGAUCAAGAGCGUGAAUGACGACGAUCUCGAGGGCUAUGCGCGACUGGUCGAGUUGGGCCAGCCGAAUUUCAUAGAAAUCAAAGGAGUCACUUUCGCUGGACACAGCCCGCAGUUUAACCUCACGCUUAGCCAUACGCCACACAUGCAGGAAACCGUAGAAUUCUCCCAGAGGCUGCUUAAGGUUUUGAACGCACGCGGCGCGGGCACUGCACGCGUGGAGCAGUCUGAGAGUUGUGAAGAUGUGGCGCCAAUGUAUAGACUCGCUAGCAUCCACGAGCACACGAAUGCUGUUCUCUUGGCAGACGCUCGCCUCUUCUUGCUGCCUGCGAACGCACAAGCAGGCAUCGCACCAAACCGUGAAUCCAGUUCCCUCUCGCCUUCGGAAAGGAGUGGCCGAAGCGACGGUUCGGGGGAGGACUCCGCCGGAAUGGAGCUUCAAAAUAAUUUGCUCGCAAGAGAUGGCGGACGCGGUUCAUCGGGGCCGGGGGGUCUACAGGAGAGCAGAGAAAGUUUGCAGUGGUACACGCAUAUCGACUUUGAAAAAUUUUUCGCGCUGAGUACGGAGGAGCGCCACGCACAAAACUACCGCAAGGCAACGCCAUCGUGGGCUCUUCCUGAUUCCCCUCUUCGCGGCUUCGAUCCUCGGUUUGAUGUCGACAAAUACGUCAAACAAAUCGCUGGCCGGCCGCACAGUCUCCCGGCAGUUGGGGAACAGGGGUCUGCGUUUUCGCACUGA